AUGCAACACCCCUUCUCGAAAUUAAAGUUGAAAAGCAGAGCAUCAAACAUCCCUGACGCCGAUCCUGCUGUUACCUCGGGUAAACCACCCAGUACAAAACAAAUUUAUCAAUCUAGGUUAAACUAUGGUGUCAACUUUGGAUCCAGUUUUGUUUUAGAAAAAUGGAUUUUUGGUGAUUUAUUUGGUGAAACUAAAGGCGACUCCGAAUUGGAUGCUGUCUCAUCAUUGGUUGACAAGCAUGGUGUUGAUGAUACCAGGGCCAAAUUCGAAAAUCACUGGAACAGUUAUGUCACUGAUGAUGAUUGGAAGUGGUUGGCGGAUCAUCAAGUCAACUCAAUUAGAUUACCAAUUGGAUAUUGGGAUGUUGAUGGUGGAAACUUUACCUCUGGGUUCAAGUUUGAAAAAUACAAGGCUGUUUAUGCCAACGCCUGGUCAAUUAUCAAGAAAAAGUAUAUUGAGCCUGCUUUGAAACACCAAAUUUCAGUCUUGGUUGACAUUCAUGGUUUACCUGGAGGAGCAAACGACUCAGGUCACUCUGGCGAAAGUGGCUGCAAUGGUGGAUUUUGGAAAGAUGAUAAAGCUCAGUUGGAGAUGGCUAAAUUACUGGGAUGGGUUGCCAAUGACUUGAAGAAUUAUGAAAACAUUGCCGGUAUUCAAGUAGUGAAUGAGGCAAAUUUUGCUGACCCGCCAAAGAAGCAAACUACAUAUUACGCAGCUGCAAUUACCGAAAUAAGAAAGAGUGAUAAGCUGGUUCCAGUUGUUAUUUCAGAUGGUUGGUGGCCUGACCAAUGGGUCAAAUGGGUCCAACAAGAACAAGGAGACGAUGGAUAUAUUGGUAUCGUCGUUGAUGAACACGUGUAUCGUUGCUUUUCAGACUCCGAUAAAAAAAAGUCUGCUGAACAAAUUAUUGAUGACUUGAAUGGGGACGUGUUAACCAAUUUGAAUGACAAUGGGAAAGGUGUUGACUUCAUUGUUGGAGAAUGGUCCUGUGUGUUGGACCAACAAACGUGGGAUCACACAAAGGGCAAUAGAGAUGACUUGGUUGUGAAAUACGGACAGCAUGAACUUCAAGCCAUUGAGAAAAGAGCUAGUGGGUCUUAUUUUUGGACAUUCAAGUUUCAAUCGGGAAAUGGUGGCGAGUGGGAUUUCAAAACUAUGACUGACAAAGGAGCACUCAAACCGUUCCCAAAACCAUCAAACCCACCUUCUGAUGAUCAAUUCAAGCAAGCAGUAGACAAUGCUACCAAUAACCAUGCCAACUACUGGAAAGACCAAGAUCCAAAAGGAAAGUACGAACCAGACUUAUUUAAGGAUGGUUUCAGCACUGCUUGGAAAGAUGCCGACUCUUUUGCAAAGUUUAAUGCCUCCAGAAUCGGAAGAAAGGAAGCUCUUAAGAGAUCAAGAUUACUUGAAGCUCUUGCUAAUAAGAAAGGUUCUCAAAAGAACAUCUGGGAAUGGGAACAAGGUUACGAUGAAGGUUUGAAGGAGUUUUACAAUGCAACCAUUCACUAA